GCCGAUCCCAAGAGGCCCAAAUCUCUCACUUCUUCUUUUUCAUCUCAUUUUAUUCCGUCAUGCGCUGUUUCCACGUUCAUGAGGCGUCCAUGAGUAGAUGAGUAGAUGAGUAGAGCGUGAGUAAAACGUCAGUUUUAGGAGUGGAGCAGCAGUUGUCUCCAUUUGUGAUAUUUAUGUUGUAGUGAUGGAGUGUCAAGAAUCUCAGGUUACAAAAUCCCAGGCAGCCAUGGACGCUGGUGAUGGUGAUACUCAUGCAGGUGAUGGAGAAGAAACAAGGCACCUGAAUAAAGCAGAACAAUACACAGAUGCAGAUAAGGAACAGUCCUCUAGUACAGUCAUAAAUGCAGAUAAGGAGAGAGACUCUGAUACAGUCACUGCAGAAGGAGAACAAGGGAAGCCAUGUGAUGCUGGAAGUAUGAGAGAAGAUAGUGAACAGGUUAAUUCCAAAAUUGUGCAUGGCAUUCCUUCUGAUGGAGAGGUAGUCAAAGAAGAACCAAUGUCUCCUGAACAUCAGAAAGGAGACACUAGGGAUGCAGAAGAAAGUGGCACUGAAAAACAAACAGUGAAAAUUAAUGAGAAUGAAGAAAUUGAGAGAAGGGAAGAUGCUGCAAAUAAGGAGCAUGAGUUGCCUGUUCAACAAGAAGGCACAGAGGAAGCAAGUGACCAGGCACAGGAAUUGGUGGGAGACGAUGAAGCCAGUGAAGACACACACAUGUACAAGUUAGGCAAGAUCUGUCGAAUCUGUGCAGAAAUGACAGUUGUGUUUGAUGGGCCCAAGAAGGGGGUUCCAAAGCAUGAAAUUGUUAAACACGUUCGAAAAGUAUGGAAUGUGGACCUCUCUGAUGAGGAUCCAGACAUUUACCCAGUUAAUGUGUGUCAGUAUUGUGAGAGGAAAAUCAAACGCCUAUACCUCAAAGUGUCAAAGAAAAAGAAAUGUGAGUUCUACAGGGACAAACCUGCAGACUUUGUUGCACACACUGCCCAGAACUGUAGUGUGUGCUUGUUGAAAGAUGAUCAGCCUGACAGUCCUUGCAAUCCAGCAGCUGAAGAGGCUCAGCAGGUUGGGACAGUGGAGGCAAGGGUAGGGUCCCAGGGAGAAGGAAGCCAGGCCAAUAAAAUUAUUCUGCCAUCCACAGAACCAAGAAGAAACCCUGCUCGAAAACGUGGAUGGACAGACCAUGAAGCAGAAACACCACAGUUUGUUUCAGUUGGAUGUCAGACAGAAGAAGACGGGACAUCAGAGAACAUGACUGGCUUAGAAGAACAUGAUUAUACUCAGGAUGAGGCUCUCAGUCAAUUUCUCGUUAUACCAAAGAAGUUUGGGGGAAGAACCCCAUACCACAAGUUAUCUCUAACUGCUGUUAAUGCCAAAUACAUCAGACAGGACCGACUGAAGCCUCUGAUAGCACACAUAGAUAAGUUUUGCCAAGUGCAGAAGGAAAAUAAAAUUGAUGCCAUGUUCUUCCUCUUGAUGGAAGCCCUGAGAGAUGCGGGAGACCGAGUGAGAGAGACGCAAGUUGAAGACAUUUGGUGCCGGAAGAAUAAUGUUGGAAUGUCUCUCACUGAUGAGGAGUGUCUUGCCAAGCGGAUCUUGCUCAAACAGACCAAAGACCAGUAUAGGAAGGAAUAUAGUUACUACAAAGAAAAGCUGGAGAAAGCAGUACUGAAACCUCCUUUUAUCAUUGACAAAUUGGAGAAGACUUACUUCCCAGAGUAUCUUGAGUUCUUUGUGACCGAGGGGGAGACGGGACCGAUCAUAUACCAGCAUGAGAAGCGCUCCCACCCAUCGUACUUUGCCAUCAGUGGUUCAGCAGAGAGCAACAGCAAGCUGGACAGUAACUAUGCAGGUGUUGUAGGGGCUCGCUGGCACUACUUUGAUGCUGUUGCCAAAACACUUGAGGAGCUUGCGCACUCCCUCGAAAAUGAAAUUCAUGAACUGGAUGAUGAUUCCUGUAUUCAAGUAGACUUGCUUGAUUACUGUGAAGAGAAGAGAGACCUCACCAAUUUUGGGGACAAGAAUGAUUCAGCAGCAACAGGCAGAUGUAGUCAGAGCAAGAUGAUGACUUAUUUCUUUGGCAUUCAGACGAUGCAGGCAAUUAUUGACAAUAAGAUCCACUAUAUAUACAAAUCCAAUCCCAACAAUGUCCAGUUCCGCCCGCUUAUGAAGGCUCUGGUUGCUGAGGGGAACACACUACGGCCCACAAUACGCAGCAUUGAAGAGGAGAGAGCAACCAUGAGUGAAAAAGUCUUCUACAUCACACUGCCUGGAGGCACUCCUCUGCGCUUUAUGGUUUAUUUUGCCAAUGCUACACUUGAGAUUCGCAAGGACUAUAGGAACAUUAGUGGCCUUACCUUGUCAUCGUUCAAAAAAGUUCCAGCUGUAAUUAAUCGCUACGGCAACAUCUGUCUGGAGCUGAAACGGAGCUGGCUGGCCACAAGCCCGCGCUUAAUCCAUGUUGGCCGCGUGACUAAUUGUCGGACCAAAUGCAGCCGUUGUGGAGAACAGGGCCAUAAUGUUCGGAAGUGUACAGUUAAAUCCGAGAAUGUGUCGGGAGACUCGGUCAUCCAUCAUAGAAAGAGGAAAAAACAGCGUUCAGUCCCUGCCCAUUCGUACCCAGUGGCUCUCACCCAAAACACUUACUCUCAGGUAUAUGUGAAAGACUCCAAGAUAGUGGAUCUAUGCAAUCCACAUCCCCAUCCACAGCAACCUCAGCAACAUCAAGAGCCAGAGGAGCAGGACCCCCUCUCGCAGCUCACUACAGUGGCCAACCCAAUGGACCAGGGCAAUGCUGUAAUCCGCAGUGAUGAACAGAUCCUGUGGACUUGCCCCAGCAUAGGAGGAGGCAGCCAGCCCCUCUCUGGCACUGCUUUGCCAGCCACGCAGGUUCUUGUCCCUUCCUCGGUCUCCACCAAUGCAGAGUACCAGACGGGAUCACAUCGAUCACAGGCUCAGGCGUCGCAGGGCACCUCAGGCCCUGUCUAUGUCUGGACCUACACUGUGGUUCAGCCACAACAUGGGUCCUCCCAACAGCCAGCACAACAGCUGUCUCUCAUCCCACAGCAAAAUCCUCAGCAGGGUGUGACACAGCAGUCCCAGCAGCUGUCAGUGAUUCAUCCUCAGUCGGGUCAGCAGGGCACUUCCCAGGAACAAAUCACUGUUGUGCAUCAGCAGCCAGUACACCAGGGAGCAGCUCAGCAGAUAGCUGUUGUCCACCAACCUGCAGGACAACAGGCAGCCAACCAGCAGACACAGCAGCUCUCUGUGAUUCACCCACAGACCUCCCAGCACGCACCUGUGCAUCCUUCCCAUGUGGUCCCUCACCAACAGCAGGCACGAAGAACCUCACAGGAACAGCAGGCUCAGCAUGUCACCCUCAUCCAGCAACAAGCAGGCCUCCCUCAAGCCCAACCACUCACCCUGGUCCACCAGCAACCCACCACCCAGACCUCCCAGCAGAUCAGUGUAGUGCAUCAACCCCAGACGUCACAGCAGCUCAGCAUAGUUCAUCAGCACCAGACGUCCCAGGCAGCAGCAAGCCUGGUGCACCAGCAGCCCAACCAGUCACAGGGAACGCAGCACCAGACUGAGUCUUCACAGUCGCAGAGUCCAUCCUCAGAGCUCAGAGUUACACCCAAUCAUUGGACAGUGGUGAGGAAGGAGAAGCACAUUCAAUAUGCGCGUAUCCUCAGAACAGUAACGGAAGAGGCCUUCUGUGGGUGGACUUUAAAUACUUCUGAAGUGGAUAUUUCCCCUUUCUUCAUGUGGUAUUUUUUUAUUUUAUUAGAAGUGCGUUAUGGGAUUAAGCAUUUUAUAGUUGUAUUCUUUAAAAGUAUAACAAAAUAUUGUUCGAAAGUCAUAUUGAUAGCAGGUGUGUGUUUUAAUUUCUUUUAGGUAUUUUUUUCUAAUCUUGAAACUGCUGUCUGUAACGUAAGUAUAUAUUUGAUUUUUUCUUCUUUGAAGAUUCUUAUUUACCUAAGUACAUGUUCCAUUUACAGAUUUGAAAGAGAUGUAAUUCUGCGUACUACAAAGUACAUUUUCAUUUUCCUGGAAUGUAUUACUGUUUCUUCUUUGCUGAAUGAUAGUUGAUAUGAUAUAAAUAUAUAACUUUUGUCAUAGAUUGAGAUUUCUUAAGUUUUCUAUAUUUGAUUGAGAGUGGGAUUGAGACAAAAUAUAAUUGUUGAAAAAAUUGCCUAUUGUCAAGGUCAAGAUUCAUCAAGAAAGCAUAAUAAAGAAAGGAAGACAGUGCAGAUUUAAUUUUAGUAUCUUUGAUGCUAUGAAUAAUUUGGUAGGAUUAGCCAGCUUGGUAGGCUCAUAGAUUACAUAUGAUAUAUUUUUUUAUUGAUUAAUCUUCUGUGGUUUAUCAAAAUACUUUUAAGUUUUGCUAUAGAUUAAAUUGUGUCAAUAAUUUUUUGUGGCAUAGGUCCUUACCCAGUGUUGCUUCCUAUGUGACAGUACAUGUGGCACAGUUUACUAUUGGUCCAAGAGUGAAGGAGUCUCAGUCACAGGGAAAGUUGUCAGAACAUUUUCACUAGAGCAGAGAUAGAAUUUGUCUACCUAAUUAUCAAAGGGGUGGCUGAGACAAGAGAGCUCCUAGUCAUUUCAUCCUCCUUGAGCCCUUGAGACUUACAGGCAUUUAAUUUUAACACCUGUGGGACUGACAGACCACCAUCAGAUCAGUAGGACAUGAAUGUCUACUGGCUUUCACAUGCAGAACAGGCAUGAUUCACUUUGAGCAAAUGUGCAGGAGUGUCUGUGCAUUCCUCUAAAGAGGAAUACACAUUCUAAGCUGUAAGAUGAUGUAGUAGGGUGCCCAGUUCUUUUCCACCUUGUCUUUGACCUCCGUAGGCUGGUGUCAGUACUCGGUCACAGCACAGUUAGCUGAGAGGGGGCUGGCUGGAUGUGAACCUGGGACCUUGUGAUCCCAGUGUCAGGAAUCUCCCAUCUCCUUGAUUGCAACUUUUCUGGAUAGGAUUUCAUCCCAUGGCUACAAUGGUCAGAGUCCAGUUAAUUAACCACAAUAUUAUAUAUUUAUGUGUGGAGACCAUACAAUUUACUAGUUCAUUAUAUGAACCUUUUGAGAAAUGUAAGAGAUGUGGAUCAUUCUCCUUACAGACUGCUCAAAAUCAUACUAAGACUUUUUCCAAUCAGUCAUGAUUUGUUUUUACAAAUCUGCACUAAUGAAUUUCUCAUUGGCAAACCAUCUGAGCUAGAACAGUAAAAAUCCACCUAUAGAGGAGUCUAACUUCAAUCUCUCCAGAGUUACCUGGGAAAGGAGAUGAAGGGUAAGUUAUAGUAAUAGUUAAUUGAAGGAAGACAGAAAAAAAGAAAAGAAAAAAGAAAGAUUAUAUCUUACAUGUGAAACAUAUGUCAUCAUAGAGGAAGUCAAUGGUCAGCCAUUGUCAAUACUGGAGUGAAAAUUGAAUAUGUUUCCUUCUCCAUGUUCUAUUAAGAGACAAUGUCGCUACUUGCUCUUAAGUCAUUGUGGCAAUUUUGGCCAAAUUGUCUCUGUCUGUGGGCUUUCUGCAUGUGUCAGUAACUUUGUCUGUUAUUUUUUAUAUAUGUUUGUUUGUAUGUGGUAGUGUUUGGAAUAAACCACAGAUAUAGAAACACAACAUUGCAUGCUUCCCACAACUGCUUUGCUGUCAGAAGUUAUUUCCAUCUUGCUGGCCUCCAGUCUUCCAAGAAUUCUCUUUGCCUUUUCCAAGAAUUCUCUGCCUUUUGCAGCACCCGGAGGUUUCUAUAAAAUGCCAUCUGUGUUGAAGUAGGAUCAGAUAGUGACUACUGACUGCGAAAAUUUAGUUGAUUUCACUUGUACUCAUGCUCCAAUAUCUGCAACAAAAACUGGUUUCUUCUGUAGUUUUUGGUGUUUUUCUGGAGUUUAUAGGGACUCGUCACCUGAGGAAAUACUGUUCUUUAAGAUGGUCUUUGAUCCUCGUGGCUCUAGUUUUGGGAGCGUGAAUUAUCUGAGCCGCAACAAAUAGUAAAGUUAUAUAAAAAUGAAAUAAAGUUCUUGUCUUGGCUUUAUCAGGUAGGUGAAGGUGUUCAUUAGACAUGUGUUCAUUUGAAGUUCAUAUCAAUUGAUCCCCAGUGAUGUUAGGGAAUUAAUAUGAAGUAACAUGUAUGAUGAUGUGCUUGCAAUGGUAAUUUGCAUUCUUUUAUAUGAUUGAUCAAUUUAUUUUUUUUAUUAUUAUUUUUUUAUAUUUUGUAUAUUCUGUCACUUAUUUCAUGCUAUUUCUUUCCAUCUCAUUACUUUCUCUAUUUAUUACUUUGAAGGAAAAUCAGACUGAAAAAUUAAAUACAGUAUUUAUUUAUUUAUUAUUAUCUUUGUGGUUGCCGUAUUUGUUCUUAUGGGAGUACAACGGAUGGGAUUCAUAAUUCCUCUAGGUUUUUUUCCUGUUUUUCAAAAAUAUAAGAUUUUGAUAUAUUAUGAUGGCUUUGUAGAAACAGUUUUCCCUGCUGUUGUUCUUAUAGUUAUUAUAGGAAUAUUGACUAUUAAUUUUUUGAAGAUUAUUGUU